AAGAGGGAGGAGCCCCCUCCCCCCUGUGGGAGUAUAUGAGAGGAGGCGUCGGGCGGGGGGUCUCAGUGUGAGCAACUCCCGGCAUCAGGCUGGAGCCCUGGUACUCCUACACACACUGGUUCCCCAUGGCCUCCUCCCAUGUGAUGAAGCCGGAGCCGGUGCCCUGCAUGCAGCCGGCCAUGAUGAUGUUCUGCAGCAAGUACUGGACCCGGAGGGGGAUGUCGCUGGACUCUGCCAUGUUCCAGAGACACACCGGGGGCCAGAUGUCGAGGCGUCCGUCCUUCUGUCCCAUCAGCGAGACGCCGGACAAAGAGAGCGCAGAGGAUUCUGGGAAAACAGCGGUGGUGUUUUCUCUGAAGAACGAGGUGGGCUGUCUGGUGAAAGCGCUCCGACUCUUUCAGGAGAAGCGAGUGAAUCUGAGCCACAUCGAGUCUCGGGUGUCGAAGCGCGUCGUGAACGAAGUGGAGAUCUACGCCGACUGCAGCUGCAGCAAGAAGGAGUUCAACGAGCUGCUAGAGUUCCUCAAAGAACACGUCAACGUCAUCUCCUUCAACACACCUGCACACGUGUGGUCAGCCGAGGCAGAUGAAGAGGAUGUGCCCUGGUUCCCGAUGAAGAUCUCGGAGCUGGAUCAGUGUUCUCACAGAGUGCUGAUGUACGGCUCGGAGCUGGACGCCGACCACCCUGGCUUUAAGGAUCAGGUGUACCGUCAGAGGAGGAAGUACUUCGUGGAGGUGGCCAUGAAUUACAAGUUCGGGCAGCCCAUCCCCCGUAUCGAGUACACCCCGGAGGAGGUGAGGACGUGGGGUGUGGUGUUCAGAGAGCUCACCCAGCUGUACCCCACCCACGCCUGCAGGGAGCACCUGAAGAACCUGCCUCUGCUGCAGCAGCACUGCGGGUACCGCCAGGACAACAUCCCCCAGCUGCAGGACGUGUCCCAGUUCCUCCGAGAGCGCUCUGGCUUCACGGUGCGUCCUGUGGCUGGGUACCUCUCUCCCAGAGACUUCCUGUCUGCACUGGCCUACAGAGUGUUCAACUGCACCCAGUACGUGAGGCACAGCACCGAUCCCCUGUACACCCCUGAGCCUGACACAUGCCACGAGCUGUUGGGUCACGUCCCCCUGCUGGCGGACCCAAAGUUCGCUCAGUUCUCUCAGGAGAUCGGCCUGGCGUCUCUGGGAGCGUCGGACGAGGACGUCCAGAAGCUGGCCACGUGCUACUUCUUCACCAUCGAGUUCGGACUCUGCAAACAGGACGGUCAGCUGAGAGCCUACGGAGCCGGGCUGCUGUCAUCUAUAGGAGAGCUUAGGCAUGCCCUGUCCGAGGCGGCCUGUGUGAGGAUGUUCGACCCGAGGACGACCUGCAGACAGGAGUGUCUCAUCACCACCUUCCAGGACGUCUACUUCGUGUCCGAGAGCUUUGAGGAGGCCAAGGAGAAGAUGAGGGAGUUUGCGAAGACGAUAAAGCGCCCGUUCUCCGUGUACUACAACCCGUACACGCAGAGCAUCGACCUGCUCAAAGACACGCGCGGGAUCGAGGACGUGGUGCAGGACCUGCGCAGCGACCUCAACACCGUCUGUGACGCGCUCGGCAAGAUGAACACCUACAUGGGUAUCUGAUUGGUUCAAAUCAUCCACUGUGUUCAUGUGAGGGCUCUGAUUGGUUAAGAACCUCACCUGUGUUCAUGUGAGGGCUCUGAUUGAUUAAAAAACCUCACCUGUGUUCAUGUGAAUAAGAUUUGCUGUGUAACGAGUCCGAUGCUAUAAAGGGUAGCUAGCUUUAUUUGUGUGUGACAUCCUCCUCCUCUCCAGCUCCGUACGUCAAGUAGCAGCAGGGCGUCUGGGUUGUGAAGAGCUGUUUAUGAGCCCUGAUAAAUGUGUACCGUGUUAAAGUGGGCAGAUGUUCCUCAUUUGUUUGUGUUGUUUGUUGACAGAUGCUUUAAGAAGUCGGUUUCUCUGUAACUAUAAUAAAUAAACGUGAAUUUAACCCUGAAACUGGGAAA